AUGAACUAUCAAAGCUAUUAUAGCAAUACCGAGCAACCUAUAACCAUCCACAAUGCAGCUCCUUCACAGACUAGAAGAGGACCAUGGUCUCCAGAUGAAGACAGGAAACUAAUGGAGCUAAUAUCCAUCUUUGGACCCUCUAACUGGGUAAGGAUAUCUAGCAACCUAGGCACGAGAACUCCUAAACAGUGCAGGGAAAGAUAUCACCAGAAUUUGAAACCAAGCUUGAAUAAGUCACCGAUUACAAUAGAGGAGGGCGAGUUGAUAGAGAGGUUAGUGGGUAAGUAUGGUAAAAAAUGGGCAGAGAUUUCUAGACACCUCAACGGUCGUAGUGAUAAUGCUAUAAAGAACUGGUGGAAUGGUGGUGCCAAUAGGCGAAGAAAGGCUAGUCUUGCGAGUAAUGAAUAUAGAAGAGAUCUGACCACACUGCUGCUGCAACAGAUGCUGUCGACUUCGAGUGAAUCGACGCAGCAAGGACUGCUGCUGCAACUGCCACCUCAGAGUCAGAGUUCUCAGCAGAGCACCAAUACACACCAGCACCUGCUGGUACUGCUCCCUCCGAUUUCGUCGCUGGUGCAUCUUCCCCCGCCACACCUUCCUCAGAUCGCCUUCAAUACGUCAAUGUUCAAUUCCGAGAAGGAAGCAUCAGCCAAAACAUCUCCUCCGUCCGACCUGUUGCACUCACCAGUGAAACAAAAAUCGAGCAGGUCCUCAAGUCUUGAUGUUACUUCGCAAAAUGUGUUACCUCCCAUAGCGUCCACAAAGAGAAGGCUACUAGACGAGAGUCUGACAUCUAGGCGACAUUCUACUUCAAAUUCGAUGUAUCUGCAGAACAAUAGUAGCUUGUUGACUCGGUCACACCCAAACUUAUCGUCUACAUUGUCUUCAACUUCGAACACGCCUCCUUAUUAUGGGAGUCCCUUGACCAUGAGCAGAAAUAAUUCAAUCACUCACUGCGAUUUUCACAAUUCGUCUGGUUCUUCUAGGAGGUCAUCCAUUGCACCAGACUUUUUUCCCAAUCCUUUGAAAGACUCCAGUCACAAGAGAACUAUAUCUCAAAAUUCUUUCAAUUCUACGUUUCUGACCCCUUCUAAUAGAUUUAGUAUUUCUAGCGGGUCAGGUGCUACUCCUUUCAAUAAUAUUUUAACUACUACUACAUCCCCUGUUACGUUGAACAGGAAUAACACAGCAAACAUUGUCUUAAAGGAGGAGCAAUUUCAUGUGGAUCACCGACAUAAUAAUAAUGCUAAUAAUUCGGCAACCACAAACCCCAAUAGUAUUGAUUCAAACAGUACUGUUAGUUCUGGUAAUUCUACGAAUACAAAAACGAAUGAAAAAAUUAAUGUUAAUUCUAAUAAUAGUAAUAUGGCAGGUCAUGGAAGAAAAGAAGUAAAGAUUUCCGUUUCUAGUUUAAUCGAUUAA